AUGUCAAAUACGAUAUCUGCUCAGCAGGGAUUACUUUCUUCACCAAAUUGGGAUAAUUUAUGGCAACGUGGGGUCACUCCAUGGGAUAAAGGAGAUAUCUCGCCCGCGCUACGCGAGCUCAUUGAAGAGAAGCAAUUUUCACUUCCCGAAGGACGAGGUUUAGUGCCGGGGUGCGGAAAAGGAUAUGAUGUUGUGUACUUGGCUAACGAAAAACUUCAUAUGACUGGAAUGGAUCUUAGUGCUACUGCAAUUGAGCAUUGUAAAGCGAAGCAAGCUUCAUAUAAUAUUCCUUCGACUAUGGUAGACUAUGUUGUAGCAGAUUUUUAUAACUUUGAGCCUCCAGAAGGGGGUUAUCAAUUGAUAUACGAUUACACAUUUCUUUGUGCCUUUCACCCGGAAUAUAGGCCUCAAUGGGCAACGCGAAUGUCACAAUUGGUAACGUCCGGUGGGUUUCUAAUCACGCUGAUGUAUCCACUCGGUGACCAUACCGAUGGGCCUCCAUUUGCUCUCUCAAAGGAAAUAUAUGAUCAGCUAUUAAGUGAGAACUUUACUUUGAUCUAUUAUGAUAAAUGUAAGGGCCAUCCAAGCCGUGAUGGAAAGGAGAUGAUGGGAGUGUGGAAAAGAAAAUAA